AUCAUUCAGAAGACAUCACGCAUUGUCAGUACUACUACUUCCACACACGUUGUAAAACUAAAGAUAAAGUUAAUACCAACUGUAACAACAAUAAUUAAAGUUGAAAAUCAAAUGGAAGUGGAAGAUCUAUCCAGUCAUAUAGAUAAGACAGUAUAUAAAUGUUAGUUGAAUGUAAAAGUAUCAUAAAGUGGAAGGUGCGAGACGAUUGUGAUUUAAUAUGGUGUACACGAUAUCUGGUGAAGUGAAUGAGGAUAAAGGAACUCUUUGGAGGGAAUUGCUUGUUGCUUUCGUUGCCAGUCUUCCCUUCUUCACGCAUGGAGUGGAGACCACGAUCCUCACAGCAUCAGCUCAUACGGGCCACUUCAUUCGCUCCGAUGACGUUCCCUGGAGCACCACGAUUCUAGUGCUGGUGGCCGGAAUCUCUAGCCCAAUCUGCUGCUACGUUAUCAACAGAUUUGGGAGACAAUGCGGAGUGUUUAUCGUCAGUUUUGUUCAAGGGACAUCUUUAAUUCCUCUAUUCCUUCUCAACGAGACCAGCUCUCUAAUCCUCCACGGCUUCGCUGGCUUAUCAUCAGGGGCGCUCUUCACCAUCCUUCCGACCUACAUACGGGAGACUUCAUCACCGAAAAUCAGAGGGAUUUCCAUGACCCUGAUCAUGGCAAUGAUAACAGCAGGGUAUAUGAUGAAAUUGGUGAUGAGUCCUGAAGAGAGGAGGUACCUGAUUGCAGCAUUGGUGAUGUGUCAAGUGAUGUGUAUGCUGGUGAUAGUGGAGUCGCCAAAUUAUUUGGUGAUGAAGGGGAAAUUUGAAACGGCUCAAAAGAGAAUUGCGGUACUAAAAGGACUUCCAGAAGACAACGGUAAUGUUAAAAGCCAUCUCGAAGAAUUGAAAGCCGAAAGCGAGCGUGUCAAGAGUUGUGCGAAAUUGUCUGUGAUUAGUCUUUAUAGAAAUAAAAUCUGGUGGGAUAGCCUGAAGAUGGCGCUAGUCCUGCACACCACUAUGGUAUUGUGUGGUAACGUGGUGUUCCUGGAUCAGAAGAAGAGUCUCGUCCAACUGAAACUGGUGGACUCAGACCCUGAGAACAUCCUGGUGCUGUCUGCUAUGUUUGCUGGUGGACUCUUUACCUUGGUCUCCUCAAUCAUUAUUGAUAGGAAGUAUAUCCUAACCCUUGGCUACGUGCUGAUGGCCCUGUCAUCAGGAACCAUAGCGGUGUACACGCAGGCUGACCUGACAGUCUACACUCUACGGUGGAUACCAGUCGCUUCCCUAGCUGUCCUUGUGUUCGGAUACGGGGUGUCCUGGGCGCUACCUUUCAUUAUCACUGUUGAAGUAUUUAAUUUUGAGAUCCAAGCUACAAUUCUAGGCACCAUCUUCACGUACUCUCAAGCAAUCAAGUUACUCCACAUACACACCUUCAAAUACAUCGAAAAUUACGUUGGAGUUUAUACGAUGUUCUAUAUAUUUGCUAGCAUAAACUUGUAUGGCGCUGUGUACUCGCUGUUUAUUGUACCAAAUACAAGACAUAAGUCUAUGAAACAAAUUGAGAAGCAAAUAAAGAGGAUACCUUUGCCAGCAUGAUGGGGUUGUUUCUUUUUACCUUAAUCUUUUAGAUUAGAUGUGUUAGCGAUUUUUUUUAUUAUUUCUUUGAAUGACGAGACGAGCUUGCCGUUCGCCUAGCCGUAGCCCAUACGACCGCUCGUAAA